AACAAGGAGGGAAUAUGUAUUAAGGUGCAACUUAAUUUGCGUAGUGAGAUUUUUGGAAACUGUGUAUGAUACAGACAUUCUUGCCUAUCUAACAAGGAAAUUUUCCUUCCUUCUGGAAGACCUGAAAAGAAAGGAGGAAUGGCGAAGCAACUCAAAUGAGGAAAUUCUUGGAAAGCUAAAUUCUGUUAACUCUGAAAAUGAAAAGAUUUACCUUGAAAAUGAAAAAUUAAAGGCUUCUCUUGCUGCAUUGGAAACCAGUACUGUUUCUGUUGAAAAUGAACUGCUAAAUCUGCACGAAAAGGCAAAGCUGCAGGAAAACCUUGCUGAACAGUAUAAAAAUCAGGUGAGGGACGAAACGGAGGCUGAGUUAAAGGAGUUUGAACAUGUUUGUGACUUGCUGAAAGCAGCAGAGGAAAAGCAGCAAGGAUAUCAGGAAAAGCUUAUGUCCUGGGAAAGGAUCCAUGCACAGAAAUGCAAAACCCUUAGGGAGUUGCAGGUUCAGGAGGAAGACAGUGUAACUUCCUUGGGCAGUCAUUCCUUAGAAGAAGAAAACCGUAACAGUCAGAGGAAAUAUGAAGAACUUCAAAGGCAAUUAGAAAAGAUGAAAUUUCAAAAUGAAGAACUUGCUUGUCAGCUCAAAAAAGAAGAUGCAAGUCUUCAGUGCAGUAAAUUGCAGCUUGAGGAGAAAAUUGCAGAAUACAAUGGAUUAACCAGACAACUGGAAUGUGCUAUAGAAGAAGGAAGAAAAAUGGUGGCUGCAGAACUGGAAAAAAUGUCAUUCAAAGAACAAGCCCUUCAGGCAAAAAUACUAGUUCUUGAAACUGAAGUGAGAGAGAGGCAGGAAGAGAAAAAAGAGCUCCUCUGCAUAUUUCACCACAAUGAAAAGUACCGUGAAGUGCGUUUGAAAGAGCUGGAGAACAGCCUACAGAAGUCAGAGAACAAGAACCAGAGCAUCCAGAAUUACGUGCAGUUUUUGAAAGCUUCAUACAUAACAAUGUUUGGCUGA